UUGAGUAAUCAGACGUGCCUUCAAGAUACUCGACAUUUCUUGCUUUUUCUGCUGCCAUUUUGUUCAUUUGCCCUCUCAGAUAUGCACCAACGACGUUAUUCAGGUUACGAUCCUCCCAGACGAGGCGUGUCUCCACUCAACAGAUACCAGGACCCCAGACGCGUGUGUCCCGGGAACAGACAUCAGGACCCCAGACGAGGUAUCUCAGCCCUUCACUGUCAGGAAGAGGGCACCUAUAUGGGGAAUCUGUCACGGGACAGGCUUUUUCCAACUGGAGCUGGACGUUACGCCAUGAACAGAACUUGGACGCGACCAUCAGCCCAGGAAGCCGAUGUUCAGAGGAUCAACUUGAGAGGGUUGUCUCCCCUGAAUCGGCCCGAGCGUACAGCACCAAGCAGACGUGGCGUUUCUCUCCUGAAUCUCGAGGAUGGAAACCAAGUCUCUGGACAAGAUGCCACCCUGAACAAAGCUGUGACGAUCAAGCCAAAUCCCGUUGACAGGAGUCACGAGAAUGGGGAUCCCAGCAUCAAGCCUGAAACAAACAGGGUCUCUCUCUCCGCCUACAUCGGGAUUCGCCAACCACUCUACAAGCCUCCUAAACUCAACCUUGGCAUCAAGUCGUCCACAAAUAAUCAGAAUGUGCCAACAUCAAAGGAGACUGCCACAGUUCCUUGCGCAUCAACCUCUGAAGCCAACAAGUCAGGACCGGUGAAAGUUAUCUCCCCUGGCAGUAAGGCGGAGUCACUGAACCUGGCAGAUAUCGUGGCGCCAGAGCUGCUGGAGACGGCUAAACACGCCCAGUCUCCCCUCGAGCUGAAACACCUGCGCAUGAUGAGUGAGUUCAUACAGAGCGUUCGCCGGGGUGAUGCUGAACUGAAACCUCUUCCGUCAUCAUCAGAGGAGUCAGCAUCCGAGGACCAGCCUCCAAAUGUUAAGACAGUUACUCCAACCAACACUCAGAAGGCUGUAGACGCGUCCACUGUGGCUCUGCCAGAGACUGAGUCGGAUAGUGACACCGAUGUAUCCCGCUCGACCUCCUCCUCAAGCACAUCCUGCUCAGCCUCUAAAAUCCCGAACUCUCAUGAGGAGAAAGAAAAAACCAAACAAUCCACUGCACGUGCUGAUCAGACUGGCCUAAUUACAAGGAAUUCUCCUGCUAAUGUACGAACCAAGAAGGUCAAAUUCAGCCAAGUAUCUUGGACAUCUGACAUCGAUGAGAAAACCCUAAAACUAAGAUUCUCACAACCCCAGGCCCGAGCAUCUGCACCUUGGUAUGAUGAGAAUCAGCCAGAACAAGCCAGAGACAGGAAACCUCGUCUUCGCCCACCACCCCCUCCUCUCGUCCCCUACACCGGCAACGCCAACCGCCGCCUGGUGCCACCCAUGUCCAGACUCAGUCUGGGGGACAUCCAGCUGAUCACUGAAUCCAGAAAGAGAAGAAGGAAUAUGCUAGAUGUACACACGGGCGAUUCUAAGAAGAGGAAGGUAGCAUCUUCUGAGGACUCAACUGAGGUCCAAUUCGUUGCCCGACCGAAGCAAUGGUGGCUGAGAAAACGCCGUCAGCAGAGGAAGACACAGGACAAUCCACCCUCCUCUUCAACCUCUUCCUCUGCUGCCACCUCUACCGCAUCCACGGCCACGGCUACCACCACCACGUCGACGACCACGUCUGCCUCUUCCUCGAGCUCAACAUCUGCUACAAUUUCUUCCAGCCCUGCUGUCCCAACCGCCUCCACUUCCUCCAGGAGAUCUGUCAAGAGGAAGGCAUCGGAUGAUGGUGCUUACUCUGGUGAUCGCGUGAAGAGGUCUCGUCCCAACUAGACCUUGCAGAGACAAUAGAGCAAUAGAACAACAAUGCUUCUGACAAUUCAGUCCAACUGUUUGAAAUAGGAUGUAUGUUACUUAUAGGGGGCAUUACGUGUAGUCUGAUAAUUGAAAAUGUUAAACUCAAUUAAGGAUACGAAUCUACCUAAAUAACUGUUCUGAUACAGUCAUUUGGGAGAACGUGUGGUCAGUCAUCUCAAGAUAGGUCCCAGUACUGCACGCUUGUUGUAAGAGGCGACACAGUGGUGGUCGGGUAGCACUGAUGCCAUGCAAGGUGCUUGAAUUGGGAAACCACCUCGAAGACUGUUUCUCAGGUGUGUCAUCUCUGCUUCCCCACACUAUCGAUCAGUGGUUUGUCUGCUCCAGACUUGACCACACUACAGGUCGCCGUGAUGUAGCUGCAAUACUGCUGACUUCGGUAGCCCUCCAUUCUCCACUUAGAAUAAUGUAUUGACCUCAAUUAUAUAUAAUGACAAUGUGUUCAUUAAUUGGUGAUAAAAUUCAGAUUUUACGCCACUCGCGAGUGAAAGAAUUGUAUGUGUUUUUCCAUUAAAGCGCGUAAAGUAAAUAUUUGUUUGAAGUUGCUCUAGUUUAUUUAAAAUAUUUAAAUAUAUAUGCGCAAACAAUCAAAAUAUGUUGAACAUACAUUUACGUUUUUAAAUGUAUAAAAUUGAUAAAAAUAUUUUUGCUAUAGAAUAUUUUAAAUGGCCCUUGUAAAUCCAACAGUACAAUUUGGUGCUUUCCUAUCUAUAAGGUUUUAUAUCGUCAUUUCAUUGGGUAUAUUUUUACCAUUUGCUGUAGGAUAUAUAUUCAUUGUUUUUGUUGCAAUAUACACAAGGUGUUUCUUUGUUACUGUACAAUAGUUGAGAUGUACUUUGUUAUUUAAUAAAUUUGUG